CGUAGUGUUUACAUCCAACAUAGCACCGGGCGGUUAGCCAGUUAGCUGGAUACACGCAACUUUUUUAACAUUAUUAUUGUUUUUAAGUACAAAUUUAAGGCAAUAACCGAUCGCUUUAUGGCGGGCUAUGAUUUGCCGAGCUGUUUAAAGUCGUUAAAGUGUGAGCUUUGCUAGAGAAAAUGAGCUUUUCUUACCUAGACGUUAGACUGUCACUUUGCUAGCACGGUUAGCUAACCGUUAGCAGCGGGUCAGUUUGCGGGGAGUGUGAUGGAGGCGGAGGAGCUGCGGCCCGUUCCCCGGGAGAGGGCCAUCCUGGAGAGCUUCUUCACGCAGCUCGGCAUGUUUUCUUUCGACAGGGCUAAGGACUACGUGGAGAAGGAGAAGGACAACAGCAAGAGCGCCGGGGCCAUCUGGGCCGCUCUGCUGGCCGCGCUGGCUCACCUGGCCGCCGCGGAGAAGGCGUAUCACAACAUGACAUUCCUGGGACAGAAGAUGGGCGGCCAGUCCUUCUUCAGCCGCAAGGACUCCAUCCGAACCAUCUACACCUCCCUGUACAACGAGCUCAGGAAAGUGGUGACGAUGGGGCGUCACAGCCAGCCGGGCUCCGCCUCUUACCUGGAGGACCUGCUGUCGCACCUGUCAGAGCAGCUCUGCCACUUCACCCAGGCCCGCAUGGAGAUGGCAGACCUGUAUGAGAAAAUGCACUCGCUGGGCAGCCAGAAGAGCAUCAACUCCGAGGAGAUGCUCACCACGCUGGAGGCCGUACUGCACAAAUACAGCACCAAGUUCCACCAUCCCAUCCUGGGCCGCGUGGAGGAGGGCUUCCAGACGGAGUUGGACGUGGUGACCCAGUUACUGCGCUGCCAGGCCCAGGUUUCGGAGUGGAGUUUCCUGCCCGCUCUGCUCAGCCUGCACGAGGCCAACUCCAAGCUCACCGCCUGGGGUCAGCUUUUCCAGCGGCAGAAAGAGACCCGCAAGCAUCUGUUUGGAGGUCAGUCCCAGAAAGCCGUGCAGCCUCCGCACCUGUAUUUGUGGCUGCAGCGCUUCCAGGCGGUGCUCCUCGCCAAGUUCAGCUUCUACUUCCAUGAAGCACUGAGCCGGCAAACGGCCCCCGCCGACAUGAGAGCCUUGACCGCUCGCACCACACCGGACUACCACGGCAAGAUAAGCGCCUUCAUCCGCAAACACGACGCCAGCAACGUGUCUCUGGUGUUUGACAACCGCGGCUCUGAAAGCUUCCAAGGUCACGGCUACCACCACCCACACUCAUAUCGGGAAGCCCCAAAGGGCGUGGAGCAGUUUCCCGCCGUAGUGUCCCUGCCGUCUGGAGAGCGGCCGCUCACGCACUGGCCAAACGUCAUCAUGAUGAUGGGAGACCGCGCCUCUGAGCUCAACACUCUGGACAAGGUGGUGCACUUCUACGACGAUAAAGUCCAGAGCACCUACUACCUGACUCGGCCCGAGCCUCACUUCACUCUGGUGGUUAUCUUUGAUGGCAGGAAGUCGGAGAAGGAUCUGCACAUCGCCGCGUUCCUGCAGGAGAUCUCAGGCUCACUGCGGAACUCCAAACCCUUCAGCACCCUCAAACCUGGGUCAAAAGGCUGAGCGGGCAAAGAUUAUGAUCUUAUGGUCAAAUCAUUUCUCACUGGUAACUAAGAUGCUUAAAUGUUGCAUCAUCUCUUUCGUAAACUGUUUUCUGUGGUCCAACCAGCUGUAUUUUGUUGCUUUGAAUCUCCUUUCGCCAAAAAAUAUUUCAGACCAAAGAAAUGGCCCAAUUCAACUGCUGUGAAUCUCUUUUACUCUGAUUCUUAGGCCAUGAAAGUACGACAGACAGAACGCUGCUAACGUUGAAAGCCUUUAUUUAAAAUGUGUUAAAUAUUUUAAUUACUUUGCAUCGUUUUAACAUGUUUACUUUUUAUUAGCUAAUAUUUGCUGUGCUUGAUACAAUUUAAAUAAAGCUUUGAGAUGACUGCACAAUGCA